AUCACAUGAAGGGGCUGCGGGCGCCCGCCCUGAAGCGCAGGCUGGAGGGCAGUCCAGUCCUAGGCUCCCCUGGACAAAAAACCCACCCCAACAGGUGUUCUGGAGCAGGAUCACCACACUGUUCUGGGGCAGGAGUGUGUGAUGUGUGAGGAGAGGCUGAGAGCUGCAUGUCUGCAGCUGUGGGACUAGGAGUCAGCUGUGUGUUACUGUUUGCAGCUUGAAAGUUAAACUAUACUGCUCACCAGUAACUAAGGAAUUGCUAUUGUCUAACUGGAAAUACAAGUUUUGGGAGAAUCAUAUUAAAUAAAAAUAAUCACCUCUGCACAAACACAGGAAUCCAUACUCCCUGUGGUCUGUGGGCUCUCCUGGUAAUAGGGGGCAAUGGGAAAUGCUGUAGCACAGAUCUGUCCUAGGAAGAUCCACUGAUCCACUGGUGUGCUCUAGGACUGGGAUGUCUUGGGUCUUGCAGUCAUCCAAAAUAAGGCAUAUGAUCCAGCCACAGAAAGAAAAGCUGUUGCUGUAAUAAGUCCCACAUACUCUAACUUUUUUAGGUUGCAUUGGAAGUUGAAACUCCAACUCAGAUUUCUUUAGUAGAUGAAACAUCUGGUGAGAAAGAAGAUGUAGUGGUGACACUUCUGCCAGCUGGUCACUGUCCAGGUUCAGUCAUGUUUCUGUUUGAAGGUGAGAAUGGCACUGUGCUGUACACAGGGGAUUUCAGGCUUGCAAAAGGAGAAGCAGCCAGAAUGGAGCUUUUGCAUUCAGGGACCAGAGUAAAAGACAUCCAGAGUGUGUAUUUGGACACUACUUUUUGUGAUCCCAAAUUUUAUCACAUACCAAGCCGGGAGGAAUGUUUAAAUGGGAUCUUGGAGUUAGCGCGAAGCUGGACCUCACUGUCCCGCUGUCACGUUGUGUGGCUGAACUGCAAAGCUGCUUAUGGAUAUGAAUAUUUAUUCGUAAACCUCAGUGAGGAACUCGGAAUCAAGGUGCACACGAACAAACCUGAUAUGUUCAGGAACAUGCCAGAAAUCCUGUGCCAUCUUACUACAGACCGACACACUCAGAUCCAUGCCUGUCGACAUCCUUGGGAUGAUGACUGCUUCCGAGGGAACAGACUGCCCUGUGGGCUGACUUGCCAAAAUGGAACUCCCCUGCACAUAAUCAGCAUCAAACCCUCCACUAUGUGGUUUGGGGAAAGGAUCAAGAAAACCAAUGUAAUCGUGAGGACUGGGGAAAGAACGUACAGAGCUUGUUUCUCUUUCCACUCUUCAUACAGCGAGAUUAAGGAUUUCCUCAGCUAUAUCUGUCCUGUGAAUGUGUAUCCCAACGUACUGCCACUGGGUGGGACAGAGGACAAAGUAAUGGAAAUAUUAAAGCCAUUAUGCAGGUCAUACAGGAGAAACAUGGAACCCAGGUACAAGCCCUUAGGAACACUGAAGAGAGUCCACAAGAGAGAAUUAUCUGAUACAGAUGAAGAUGAUCUCUUUGAUUCAGAAUUAACUUCUGCAAGGCCUAAGAUUCCAAAACAGCAGACAGGAGAGAGCAGGCCAUCCAGCACAGGACAGUCUGAAAAUGCUGAAGGAAAUAUGAAUGAGAGCACAGAAAGUUACAAAGCAACCACAACUUACACCUCCCUCCAGGUAGAUUUUGUGGACUGUGAGGAAUCAAAUGAUGAUGAUGAUGAUGAAAAUGAUGAAGAAGAAUCUGAAAAAAAUACAGUUCAAGUUCUUUCCCAUGAGCCAGAUGCCACUUCCACAGCAAAUUUCAGUGGAGUAACUAGUGACCAACAGGACUCUAAUGCUGAUGUCCCUCGCUGGGAUGAAUUCUUUAUGUGUAAUAAGUUAGAGGAAAGCUCUGAAAAUGAGGACAACAUCCCAUCUUCGGCAGAUGCUGGUGGGUCCCAGUCGCUCUUCAGCGAUUCGGAUGGAGUAAGUGACUCAACACACAUCUCCUCCCAAAAUUCUUCUCAGUCGACACACAUAUCAGAGCAGGGGAGCCAGGGCUGGGAUAGCCAAAUGGACACAGUGCUUAUCACCUCCCAGGAGAGAAGUGCCCUGGACUUCAGCAAAGGUGGGAGCAGAGCAGUUGUUCCUGUGCUGCAGGAGACUGCCAGGGACAGUCAGCCGGAGAGUAGCAGGGGGAAGCCACCAGGGCAGAGCAGCCCCUGUGUCUACGAUGGUGCCUGUGACUUGAAAAGCAAGGGCUGUGAGAAAGCUGCAGAGACUGGCACUGCUCGUGUUCAGGAUGCGCUGGUGGAACUAAGUGACAGCUCGAGGACUCCUGACCUGGAGCUGAGGAGGGACUCCCAGAGCUCCUCUGACUUCGAAAUUCCCUUGACUCCUGGUGCUGAAGUGCCUCAGCCAGAUAAACUGCACCAUUUAUACGAGAAGCUUGCAGCAGGGGAAAACAUACUCAGUGAGAAAAAAGUCUCCUGAGGACAGAUAUAACUGAUUACAUUGUGGUGAUACCCAAAAUGUUUAUUAAUACCCGAAUUCUUUUUCUCUUUAGUGCCAAUUACUAUAUGCA